AUGAAUUCAAAUCAAACUGAACAUAUUAAUCGAAUAAUAACCGAAUUGAAAACUGGAUCAUUCUUAACGAAACAAAAACGAAAUGGUGAACAAUAUUUACGACAUUUUUAUCUUGAGGAAAACGAAGAAUUUCUUUCGUAUCAUCAAUCCGAGAAGUUUUUUUCUCAAGCACAUCGUUAUUAUAUCAAAGAUAUUGAUGAAGUUCGAAUUGGCUUUCAUACAUUAAUAUUCGAUGGACUUGUUAAACAACAAAUCGUUGAUUCGCAUAAAGAAAAUCUUGCUUUUUCGAUAUUCUAUAAUAACUAUCGUGAUGAACUUCAUCUAAUGGCAAAUGAUGCUGAAACACGAAAUGUUUGGAUAUCAGGACUACAAUAUUUAAUUGUUCGAUGUGCACAAAACCAACAGCAACACCAUACUAUUCGCGAUACUAAUUGGAUUCUUAGUCAACUGCGAUUUGCUGAUAAAGAUAAAUCGAGUACGAUGGAUAGAACUGAAUGUCAACAAUUAUUAGUCAAUUCAUUAAAUGUUCAAUUAGCUGAAGAUGUUUUCGAAAAUCUUUUUAAUGUAGAAGCUGCAAAUAAAAAUGCUGAUGGCCAUUUAACUCCGGAUGAAUUUUUUGAUUUUUUUCAAAAUUUAACUCAACGAGACGAUCUUUUCGAACUUAUGCAAAAAUUUGUAGAAAAUGGUGAUGAACAAUCCAUCGAUACGAUCUUUAUGAAUGUUAAUGAACUUCUGCAUUUUCUUCAAACCGUUCAAAAACAAAAGAUAAUGGUCUAUUCAUCGAAAGAUAAUUUUACGAUUGAAUCAAUAGCAACACGCGAACAAGCAUUGAAAUUAAUCGAAGAAUACGAAUUGGAAGUCGAAUUAAAAGAACAAAAACUUCUUAGUCUUGACGGAUUUCGUAAUUUAUUGUUAUCCGACGAAUUUUCCAUUAUGAAACCUUGGUGUUCCUGUCAUCCGUAUCAAGAUAUGACUCGACCAUUAAGUGAUUAUUACAUCAAUGCGUCACAUAACACUUAUUUAUUUAACAAUCAAAUUUAUGGUGACAGCAAUCCCGAAGCAUAUAAUCGAGCAUUACGUGCCGGUUGUCGAGUUUUGGAAAUCGAUUGUUAUGAUGGAGAUGAUGGUCAACCAAUUGUAACACAUGGACAUACAUUUGUACGAUCGUGUUCAUUUGAAUCGAUUAUUCGAUUAAUUCAACCGAAUUUGUUUAAAACAUCGCCAUAUCCAGUUAUUCUUUCGAUUGAAAAUCAUUGUUCGAUAAAACAACAGAAAGAAAUGGCACGAAUUUUGCGUGAAAUUCUCGGAAAUCAAUUGUUAACCCAAUCUCCUUAUAUAAAACAUUCAUGGUUAUUACCAUCACCUGAAGAUCUCAAAUAUAAAGUUCUUAUUCGUAGUACAAAACAAUCAACAUGUGAAUCACUUGAAAAUACUGAUACUAUUGAUCCUUCAGAUUUGUUUAUUUAUCUUGAAAAUGUUCCAUAUCGUGAAUAUAAUUAUAGCAAAGAUCAUUAUAAUUGUUGUCAAUCAUCAUCUCUUUCUGAAAAUCAAUGUGAACAAAUUUGUCAAUCGGAUCCAAUGGGUUUAAUCAAACAAACUCAUACAUAUUUACUUCGAAUGUAUCCGAAUGGUUUACGACAAGAUUCAAGUAAUCCAAAUCCAAUCACUGUAUGGAAUUUCGGUUUACAAAUGGUUGCACUCAAUUAUCAAAGUGAUGAUCGUAGUAUGCAACUUUGUUAUGGGAAAUUUCUCGAUAAUGGUUCAUGUGGUUAUGUACUUAAACCAAAUUAUCUUCUUCAGAUUGAAAAAUCAAAAUUUAAUCCAUUGAAUUAUUCAAUUAAAUCAUUGAAUUCUAAAGAUAUAUUCGAUUGUCCUGUACGUUUAACAAUUACGAUCAUCAGUGGACAAUUUUUUGAUCGAACAAGUGAAGAUUCGGAUGAUAUUCCUGAUCCUUAUGUUAUUAUUUCAACUCAUGGAAUUCCAUGUGAUCAACAAACACAAAAAACAAACUUUAUUGAAAAUAAUGGUUUUAAUCCAAAUUGGAAUGAAACAUUUCAAUUUGAUAUUCAAUUUCCUCAAAUGUGUUUACUUCGUUUUGAUGUUUGUGAUUAUGAUAUCUAUAGUCACGAUGAUCAUCUUGCUUAUUUUUGCCUUCCGGUACUCACUAUUCAACCUGGUUAUCGUCAUAUUCAUUUACGGGCAAAAGAUCACGACAAAACUUAUUCAACUCUAUUUGUACAUGUUACUAUAGACAAUAGAUCUUAA